UUAAAGAAGAUUUUUGUGCAUUACAUAACAAAUAUCAUUUUAUUAAAGCAAAUAAUGGAGAAACAAUUAUAGAAGCAUACAAAAGAAUUAAUGAUGAGUCUGAAGCUAUUGCUAAAAAAACUAAUAGUAGAAUUGAUAUGUGUAAAUCUGGAAAUUAUACAUUAACAACUAUAAAAUUUUUCAAAGAAACCACUUUAGCACCUCAAAAAAGUGAAAAAAUAAGUGAACAAGAAAGUGCAUGGAUAGAUUUAGCAACAACUGGUGCUCUAAUAUUUGCAGAAAGAUAUGAAGGAGAAGCUAAUCAAUACGAUGUAAAUUCAAUGUAUAUAUUUGAAAUGAUAAAAAAAGAUGCAUCAUGGCCAAUUGCACCAGGUAAGUUUUAUACUAUAAACUCAUCUUUUACAGAAAAAUGGAGUAAAUUUCCAUAUGGAAUUUAUAAAGCAACAAUAGAAGGAAAUCCUCCAAAGAAAA